AUGAUGCAAACCAUAGAGACGAUUAGCAUAUCCCGAUCAAAGAAAGAGAUGGAAACCUUCCUAUUCACAUCGGAAUCCGUGAACGAAGGCCACCCAGACAAGCUCUGUGAUCAAGUCUCAGACGCCAUUCUAGACGCAUGUCUAGAACAAGACCCCGAAAGCAAAGUCGCCUGUGAAACCUGCACCAAAACCAACAUGGUCAUGGUCUUCGGUGAAAUCACAACCAAAGCCAAAGUCGACUACGAGAAAAUCGUCCGUAAAACCUGCAAAGAAAUCGGAUUCACAUCUCCCGAAGUCGGACUCGAUGCUGACAACUGCAAAGUCCUAGUGAACAUCGAGCAACAAAGCCCCGACAUAGCUCAAGGCGUCCAUGGUCACCUCAGCAAGAAACCAGAAGAAAUCGGUGCAGGUGAUCAAGGACACAUGUUUGGGUACGCCACCGAUGAAACCCCUGAGCUGAUGCCACUCACCCAUGUCCUCGCAACCAAACUAGGAGCUAAAUUAACCGAAGUCAGAAAGAACAAAACCUGUUCAUGGCUACGCCCCGAUGGAAAAACACAGGUAACAGUUGAAUAUAAAAACGAUAAUGGCGCCAUGGUUCCAAUUAGGGUUCAUACAGUGCUUAUAUCCACCCAACAUGACGAAACUGUAACAAACGACCAAAUCGCUAAAGAUCUUAAAGAACACGUGAUUAAACCGGUGAUCCCAUCUAAAUACCUUGACGAAAAAACCAUCUUUCAUCUGAAUCCGUCUGGGCGGUUUGUGAUUGGUGGUCCCCACGGUGAUGCAGGGCUCACUGGCCGGAAAAUUAUCAUUGAUACUUACGGUGGGUGGGGAGCCCACGGUGGUGGUGCUUUCUCCGGGAAGGAUCCGACGAAGGUUGACCGGAGUGGGGCUUAUAUUGUGAGGCAAGCGGCCAAGAGUGUGGUGGCUUCGGGACUUGCACGGCGGUGUAUUGUUCAGGUUUCUUAUGCGAUUGGGGUGGCUGAGCCGUUGUCUGUGUUUGUUGACACGUAUAAAACUGGGAAGAUUCCGGAUAAAGAUAUUCUUGUUUUGAUUAAGGAGAAUUUUGAUUUUAGGCCAGGGAUGAUGUCGAUUAAUCUUGAUUUGAAGAGAGGUGGUAAUUUUAGGUAUCAAAAGACUGCGGCUUAUGGCCAUUUUGGUCGUGAAGAUCCUGAUUUUACCUGGGAGACUCCGAAGGUUCUUAAGCCCAAGGCGUGA